GAAGAUUGGAAUGUACAAGGUGAAAGUGAUAAAACUGUAAAGCUUCGGAACAAAUUAGGGCCUGAAGUGCAGUUACAGGCCCAUAAGCCUUUAAGAUGUUAUCCAGUUUUUCUAGUUCACACGCUCAGACAGAGAGAAGAUAGAGAGAGAAGAUAGAGAGACCAUGCCUGUCUCCGUACACUCCGUUAUCGCCACGAACCUAGCGACUACAGGUUUUUACCGCAAUGUUUCGCGCCGUCGAAUUGGCUCCAGCUCCGUGAACUGCUCGGUGGAGACAAAGGAGGCCGACCGGUGGGCGAAGCUGAAAAACGGGAACGACUCGCUCGAGAUUUGCAGAGUUCUUAACGGAAUGUGGCAGACGAGCGGAGGAUGGGGAAAGAUCGAUCGAAACGACGCCGUUGAAGCGAUGCUCCGAUACGCCGAUGCUGGUCUCUCUACUUUCGACAUGGCCGAUCACUAUGGUCCUGCGGAAGAUCUUUACGGCAUUUUUAUCAAUAGGGUUCGUCGAGAACGUCCACCAGAGUAUUUGGAAAAGAUUAAAGGUUUGACAAAAUGGGUUCCUCCUCCAGUGAAGAUGACAAGCAGCUAUGUUCGUCAAAACAUUGACAUAUCUCGGAAGAGAAUGGAUGUGGCUUCUCUUGAUAUGCUUCAGUUUCACUGGUGGGAUUAUGCGAAUGACGGUUAUCUUGAUGCACUGAAACAUCUCACUGACUUAAAAGAAGAAGGUAAAAUCAAGACUGUUGCUUUGACAAAUUUUGAUACAAAGAGACUUGAGAUUAUCUUAGAGAAUGGAAUCCCUGUUGUUAGCAAUCAGGUGCAACACUCCAUUGUAGACAUGCGUCCUCAACAGAGAAUGGCUCAGCUUUGUGAGCUUACAGGUGUCAAACUUAUAACAUAUGGGACAGUAAUGGGUGGUCUACUGUCAGAGAAGUUCCUUGAUGCCAAUCUAACUAUCCCUUUUGCUGGCCCUAGUUUGAACACUCCUUCUCUCCAAAAGUACAAAAGGAUGGUUGAUGCAUGGGGAGGGUGGAGUCUAUUCCAAGGUUUGCUUCGCACGAUGAAGAGCAUAGCCACAAAACAUGGAGUUUCUAUUCCGACCGUGGCCGUGAGAUACGUACUAGAUCAGCAAGGAGUUGGGGGAUCAAUGAUUGGGGUGAGGCUAGGGUUAGCGGAACACAUACAAGAUGCAAACGCUAUAUUCUCAUUGGUAUUGGAUGAUGAAGAUGUGAAUAGCAUACAAGAGGCUACCAAGAAAGGUAAAAAUCUUCUUCAAGUGAUUGGUGACUGUGGAGACGAAUACCGACGUGUCUGAUCUUGUAGCAUACGGUAUACAUGUAUUAUUCAGUACACAAAGAUCUGUGUUAGGAUUCGUAUAUAUGAGUUCAAUACUUGAGAUGGUUUAAAUGGAUGUAUUACUUUCACUACAUUAUUGUUUUCCACUUGACUUUGUACUCUUAUGUUGUUGUUUUUUUUUUGGUAA